UAGGUGCUGAAGAUGACAGUCUUGAACUUGUCCUUUGCUGCGUGUGGUUUCCUGGGAAUCUACCACCUGGGUGCUGUGGGGGCUUUCCUUCGUCAUGGAGACAAGCUGCUGGGCUCCCUCAGGGCCUGCGCAGGGGCCUCAGCUGGGGCCCUGGUGGCUGCUGUAAUGAUCACGGCUCCUGACAAGUUAGAGAAUUGUAAAGAGUUUACAUACAGGUUUGCCAGCGGUGUGAGACGACAGCGUUUUGGAGCCGUCACGCCAGGAUACGACUUCAUGCUGACUCUACGGGAGGGGAUAGAAGACAUCCUCCCCAGUGAGGCUCACAGUCUGGCCACCGACCGCCUCCACGUCUCGAUAACGAACUCCAAGACCGGCAGGAACCACGUCGUGUCCCGCUUCAGCUCCAGAGAGGAGCUCAUACAGGCUCUACUGGCCAGCAGCUUUGUUCCGGUCUAUGCUGGACUCAAACCAGUGGAAUUCGGAGGACAGAAAUGGAUUGACGGAGGUUUCACCGACAGCCUCCCAAUUCUGCCUGUUGGACGAACCAUCUGUGUGUCCCCCUUUGCUGGACUCCAGGAUGUUUGUCCUGUCCACAGGGGACGCUUCAACACUCAGCUCAGACUGGCCAACAUGAAC